CGCUACGUCCGGGCAGGUUGUUGUCGAACAAACAAAACAAUCUGCUAGGUUAUGUUUAGUGCAAUUGUUGUUUAUUUCGGGUUUUAUUAACAAAUUAUUCACAAUGCAGGACUUUCUUGCCGAAAAUAAUGCGUGCGGUCAAACUCUGCUACUGUUAGUCUCCAGAGGAAAUGCUAUCAUUGCCGAAUUGUUGCGUCUGAAGAACUUCAUUCCCCAGGUUUACAGGCUAGAUAGCAAGGAGGAUGUUCAAAAGUAUGGGGAAAUUAUCUUGGACUUUUCGUAUCUUCGCACAUCAGAGGCACAUGAGCUAAAAGUCGAAAACAAUGAGGCAUUGCGCGAGCUUGAUGAAGAGUUCCGAGACAACUACAUAGAAAUCAUAAAGAGGUUCUAUUUGCUUUUUGAAAGCAUCCACACUUACAUCACUGACCUGAAUCACUACGUAGAAGAGCUAGAAGAAGGUGUUUACAUUCAUCAGUCUUUAGAGAUUGUAUUUCAAGAUGCCGAAGGCAAACAACUUCUGUGCGAAGGGCUUUUUCUCUUCGGAUUGAUGUUGAUAAUGGUGGAUGCGUACAUCGAUGGGCCCAUUAGGGAGAGGCUGUUGAUUUCGUAUAAUCGUUACACUCCUCAAAGACGGGACACGCAGAGCUCUUUCGAUGAAGUGUGCAAGCUCCUGAUGGACACCAGCUAUAAUACGGCUCGAAGACUUCAGAAUUACCCGGAAGAUUAUUUCCGGAGGGUGCCAGUGAAUUCAACUUACGUCGAGAUGGUGAUUGGGAGAUUACGUUCAGACGACAUUUACGCCCAAAUGUCCGUUUAUCCGUUACCCAAACACCGAAGCACCGCGCUCAGCCAUCAGGCCUCUAUGCUCUAUAUUUGCCUAUUUUUCUCGCCCGCCAUACUCCAUUUUGAGUGCGCUGUUAUGAGGGAGAUUGUUGAUAAGUAUUUCCCAGAUAACUGGAUUGUCUCGGUUUACAUGGGGUUUAUAGUAAAUUUAGCUGACACCUGGGAUAAUUUCAAAGCCGCCAAACAAGCGCUUAAUAACACUCUGCAACUGACAAAUCUUAAGCACUAUUCGGGUACUUAUGGCCAAAAAGUGCCAGAGUUGCUGAAAUCCAGCAACUCGCUCCUCAAAGAAGGCACCGUUACCAGAGAGUCGCUGCUGAAGGAUAUUCAGGGCAUUGUGAACACUUUGAGGGAGUGCAACGUGGCUUUGAGGUGGCUGGUGCUGCACACUGUAGUAAAGCCAGGUACCGCGGAAAAAAACAAACGCCUGAAGCAAUACAGGGACAUGGUAAUAGCGGAGUCGAACUGUGAUCAAACCAGCGUGUUCAAGCUGCUGCUCAACACUGCUCAAUUGGAGCUGGUAACCAAAGAGCUCUAUAAGGGCUUGAUGAGUGAAAAGGACACGCAAUGGGAGAGCCUCAAAGAGGCAAGUCAUAAGGGGCUAUUGGAACUAGCCGAUGUCUUCAGCGGCACGCAGGCCUUGUCGAGAGUGAAGAAAAACGAAGAUCUGGAACAGUGGUUUCGGGAGAUUGCCAAACAGGUUCAGGACUUAACCAGGGAGAACUCGGGCUCUUCUAUGAAAUUGGUGCAGCUGAUCCAGGCCCUGGAGGAUGUCCAAGAGUUUGAGCAAAUGUCCAACAAUAUGCAGGUGGUUCAGUUUCUAACUGAAAUCAGAAAGGAUCUCGAUCAGAUGAUUAGGACAAUGAACAUCAAAGAGGACGUUCUGAUCAACCUGCAAAUAAUCGGCGAUCUUAGCUACGCUUGGGAGUUGAUCGAUUUCUACACAAAUAUUAUGCAGAACGGAAUCAAAAGAGAGCCAAAGCUGGUUACCAAGCUUCGAGCAGUUUUCCUCAAACUAGCGUCCGCUGUCGAACUGCCCCUGUUGCGCAUAAAUCAAGCCCAUAGCGAAGACCUGAUUUCCGUGUCAGAAUACUACAGUAAAGAGUUGGAAAUUUACGUGCGUAAAGUGCUGCAAAUCAUCCCCAGUACGAUGUUUGAAAAGCUGGCGCGAAUCAUUGAGAUGCAAACGAACGUUAUCAAAGAACUGCCCAGUCGUGUGGACAAGGACAAGCUCAAAGAAUUCGCCCAAUUGGAUGAACGAUUCGAGUUUGCAGAGCUCACACACUCAGUGUCGAUCUUCAGUCAAGGGAUGCGCCUGAUGAAAAGCACCUUGGUCGGAGUGGUUUGCUUGGAUCCCAAGCAGCUCCUGGAAGACGGCAUUAGGAAGGAGCUGGUCCAGCACAUUUCCAACGCUUUACAUAAGGAAUUCACAUUCAGUCCCAAGCCCAAGCAGGACGAGCUGGAGACAAAGCUGAAGAGCCUUGGCUUGGUUAUGGAUGGCUACAAACGGUCUUUUGAGUACAUCCAGGACUACAUCAACAUCAACGGCCUGAAAAUCUGGCAGCAGGAGGUGACCAGGAUAGUGAACUACAACGUGGAGCAGGAGUGUAACGGCUUUUUACGCAACAAGAUCCAUCCAUGGCAGAGCGCGUACCAAAACCGCUAUGUGCCAAUCCCUAUUUACCCUCCUCAGGAUCAGAGCGAAAACUUCAUUGGUCGGCUGGCUCGCGAGGUCAUUCGAUUAACUGAUCCACGCUCAGCAGUGUAUUUAUCCACCACAUCGACGUGGUACGACAUAAAACUACACAAGCCAGUUCUCACCAAGGAAACCAUCGCCUCCAUUGCGCAAACAGUGGAAGUGACGGGGCUGGUUGGACUCGACAGGCUAUUCUCCUUCAUGAUCACCGCUGCUUUGCAAAGGAUUAUGGCUUAUCUGGAAAACAAAAACAUUAACACCUCAUGGAUCAACGUGUUGAGUGCCAUCCAAAACGACAUGAAUCAGCAGCCUGAGAGCCCAUCUAAUCCGCUCAAAACCUACCAAACAUACGUGAAUAGAACCACCAAAAUCUGGACAGAGUUUCUGGAUAAGGCCUUGCUAGUGGGUCAGUUGCAGCUGCUUAGGAACCUGAUCGCGUUCCACUUGAACAAAUCCUGCAGGUUCAACGCCAAGAACCUGGAGUCUUCCUUGCGCUCUUUAAACAAAUCGUUGCUCUUGGACCUCAAGCAGAACCAGCCGUUGCCGCCGGAGGACGUGAUGAAGAAGCUCUCAGAGUACUUCGACUACGCCGGCCUAAACGAGCCGUUUAGCAAAGUCUAUGUUCCUACAAAGAACAACCCGAAUCACUGCAUUACAUUGUUUUUAUUCGUGUUAGCCCAUAUUAGGCUGAUGUUUCUGCCUCAAAACUUAGCCACUCUACCUAAGCGUACAAGCGAACAACUGGAUGGCGUCGCACUAUCGGUUGGAGUGCAUACGAUUUUAAAGCAGUUCCACUGCACUAUAAACGAUGGCUUUAUUAAACUAGUAGCUGACUACGUUCUGCAACUUUCCAAACAAAAUGGUGCGAAAGCUCCGGAAGUCUUACCCGAAGUAAUCAUGAUGAUAAACUUUAUGGACUGCUACACCGAUUAUUCAGAAGCUUCCCGUACUUUCUACCGCCAACGACUGCCUGAAGAAAUCCUCCUGAUCCAGCAGUCGUUGAUAUCGUCCAACGUGUGAACCGAAAAGCAAUUGAUAAACUGUUUAAUAAAAACUUUGAUGGCAAA